AUGGGGGAACAAGAUGCAGAGAUGGCCGGGAGAUGGAUUAGGAAGGUAGAAAAGACCAUGAUUCAAAUAAGCAUACCCAAGGGUUUGAGGGUAAAUUGUGCAACCCAAUUAUUGUCUGAUAGGGCCAUAACAUGGUGGGAAACAGUUCAGCUGAGGCAUGUAACCGAGACACUAACUUGGAGUGACUUCAAGACAGAUUUUGAGAAUCAGUUUUAUUCCAGGUACCAUCGCAAGGUGAAGGAACAAGAGUUCUUGGCAUUAAGACAUGGUGAUAUGUCAGUAUUAGAGUACGAAGGAGAUUUGAGACAAGGAUUGAUCGCCUUACGGUUUAAAUCCGUGAGGGAGUUGGUUAAGGCUGCACAAGCUCUAGAGGCAUGUAUUGGAGAAAGCCAACGGGGACAUCAAGGUAUAGGCAAAAAGAGAGAUAGGGACUAUUUUAGUGGCAGACUACCACUUCCGAAGAAAGGUAAAAGUGGAGUGUUUGAGCAGUACAGGAAAAGGGGGAGUUCAAUGGUAUCACCCCACCAACAGUCAGGGGAGAAGGUCAUAGGUAGAGGAACUGCCAAUAACUGGGGGCAAGGGUGUCAUUAUUGUGGUGGAAGAGGUCAUUAUAAAAAGGAUUGCCCCAACAAGAACACUGGACAGGAGGAGGUCAAGGUUGCAUUGAAUGUGGUGGCAGGUACGCCACUAAUGAAUAAUUUUAAUGUGCAUGUGUUGUUUGAUCCGGGUGCCACCCACUCAUUCAUUGCUUGGAGAAUUGUCACUACAUUGAGAAAGGGAGUAGAAGUAGUAGAGAAGGGGUUCGUGAUUGGAACUCCAAUGGGAAAUAUGGUUGAAACAAAUAUUGUGUAUGUGGAUGUGGGGGUUAUAUACUUGAUUCCCUUAGAGUUGCAUGAUUUUGACAUAAUCCUAGGCAUGAAUUGGUUGAGUAAAUACAAGGCUUUAAUAGAUUGUUAUGCUAAAACUAUUACAUUCCAAACACCUGAGGGCGAGAGGAUGAUUUUUGAGGGAGAGAGAAUUCUCAAACCGAUCGCCUUAAUAUUAGUUGUAAUAACCCAAAGACUUUUGAGAAAGGGAUGUAUGGGAUACCUCGCAUACAUCUUAAACUCCGAUGAUGAAGGUCCACAACUAAAGGAUAUUCCUAUGGUAAAGGAAUUCCUAGAUGUGUUUCCCGAAGAACUACCGGGAGUGCUCCCAGAGCGAGAGGUAGAGGUGUCUAUAGACACUUUACCUGGAGUCCCACCCAUAGCCCAACAACCGUAUUGGAUGGCUCUGGCAGAACUGAAUGAGUUAAAGACUCAACUAUAG